UAGAGGGGCUUGGGCAAAGAUGUUCCAGCUGUGGGUCCCCCGCGGGGGCCGGGCUCUGCUGGGGGGGCGGCUGCUGCGAGGCCCCCCCGGCCCCCGGCGCCCCAUCAGCUACCAGCCCAUCCGCAAGGUCCUGGUGGCCAACAGGGGUGAGAUCGCCAUCCGUGUGUUCCGGGCGUGCACGGAGUUGGGUAUCCGCACGGUGGCCGUGUACUCGGAGCAGGACACGGGGCAGAUGCACCGUCAGAAGGCGGAUGAGGCAUAUCUGGUGGGGCGGGGGCUGCCCCCCGUCCAGGCCUACCUGCACAUCCCCGACAUCAUCCGUGUCGCCCAGGAGAACGGCGUGGACGCCAUCCACCCGGGUUAUGGGUUCCUGUCGGAACGCGCCGACUUCGCCCAAGCCUGCUUAGACGCGGGGGUCCGGUUUGUGGGACCCCCCCCCGAAGUCGUCCGCAAGAUGGGAGACAAAGUGGAGGCGCGCAGCAUUGCCAUCGCUGCCGGGGUGCCAGUGGUGCCAGGGACGCCAGCGCCGGUGUCGGCUCUGGCCGAGGCUCAGGACUUCGCCACCCGUGUCGGCUUCCCCGUGAUCUUCAAGGCGGCGCACGGUGGGGGGGGGCGUGGCAUGAGAGUGGUGCGAGCCCCCGAGGAGCUGGAGGAGAGCUUCUCGCGCGCCUCUUCGGAAGCGCUGGCUGCGUUUGGCAAUGGGGAGCUCUUUGUUGAGAAGUUCAUUGAGCGGCCGCGACACAUCGAGGUCCAAAUCCUAGGAGACCAACAUGGGAACGUCGUCCACCUCUACGAGCGCGACUGUUCCAUCCAACGUCGCCACCAGAAGGUGGUGGAGAUCGCCCCGGCCGCUCGGCUGCACCCCGACCUCCGCGCUCGCCUCGCCCAAGACGCCGUCCGCCUCGCCCAGCAGGUGGGCUACGAGAAUGCGGGGACGGUGGAGUUCCUGGUGGACCAGCGCGGCGACUACUACUUCAUUGAGGUCAACUCCCGGCUGCAGGUGGAGCACACGGUGACCGAGGAGAUCACGGACGUGGACUUGGUCCACGCGCAGCUGCAGGUGGCGGCGGGGAAGUCUUUGCCGGAGCUGGGGCUGCGCCAGGAGAGCAUCCGCGUGAAUGGCUGCGCCAUCCAGUGCCGUGUCACCACCGAGGACCCCGCGCGCGGCUUCCAGCCCGACACCGGACGCAUCGAGGUGUUCCGCAGCGGCGAGGGCAUGGGCAUCCGGCUGGACGGCGCCUCGGCUUUCCAGGGUGCCCUCAUCUCACCUCAUUACGACUCGCUGCUCGUCAAAGUGGUGGCGCACGGCCCCGACCAGACGGCUGCCGCCGCCAAAAUGCGCCGCGCCCUUGCUGAGUUCCGCAUCCGCGGUGUCAAGACGAACAUCCCGUUCCUGCAGAAUGUGCUGGCGCACCCGCAGUUCUUGGGCGGCGCUGCUGACACGCAGUUCAUCGAUGAGAACCCCGAGCUCUUCCACCUUCAGCCUGGGCAGAACCGAGCCCAGAAGCUGCUGCACUACCUGGGUCACGUGAUGGUGAACGGGCCGAGCACCCCCCUGCCUGUCAAGGCCAAAGCAGCGCUGGUGGAGCCCACCCCCCCUCCGGUGCCCAUGGGGCCCCCCCCCGCAGGGCUGCGAGCCGUGUUGGAGCGCGAGGGCCCAUCAGGGUUCGCUCGGGCGCUGCGGGAGCAUCGGGGGCUGCUUCUCACCGACACCACCUUCCGCGACGCCCACCAGUCGCUUUUGGCCACACGGGUUCGUACCCGGGAUCUCGCCCGCAUCGCGCCCUUCGCUGCCCAUGCCCUCAGCCCCCUCUGCAGCAUGGAGACCUGGGGAGGUGCGACAUUCGACGUGGCCAUGAGGUUCCUGCACGAGUGUCCGUGGGAGCGACUGCGCGAGCUGCGGCGCCUCGUGCCCAACGUGCCCUUCCAGAUGCUGCUGAGGGGCGCGAACGCCGUGGGCUACAGCAACUACCCUGACAACGUCAUCCAUCGCUUCUGCGAGGUGGCAGUGGCCAACGGGAUGGACAUUUUCCGGGUCUUUGAUGCCCUCAACUACAUGCCCAACCUGGUGCUGGGGGUGGAGGCAGCCGGCCGGGCAGGGGCGGUGGUGGAGGCCGCCCUGUCCUACACGGGCAAUGUGGCCGACCCAUCCCGCACCAAGUACACCCUGGAGUAUUACCUGGGGCUGGCCCGGGAGCUGGUGGCCGCUGGCACCCACAUCCUCUGCAUCAAGGACAUGGCGGGUCUCCUGACACCGGAGGCCUCGCGGCUGCUGGUGGGGGCCUUACGGCAGGAGUUCCCCGAGAUCCCCAUCCACGUCCACACCCACGACACAGCUGGCGCUGCUGUGGCCUCCAUGUUGGCGGCUGCCCACGCCGGUGCCGACGUGGUGGACGUGGCUGUGGACGCCAUGGCCGGGAUGACCUCCCAACCCAGCAUGGGCGCCUUGGUGGCCUGCACCCGCGGGACACCCCUGGACACUGGCCUGGCACUGGAGAAGGUCUUUGAGUACAGUGAGUACUGGGAGGCGGCGCGGGGCCUCUACGCUGCCUUUGACUGCACGGCCACCAUGAAGUCGGGCAAUGCCGACGUCUACGAGAACGAGAUCCCGGGAGGACAAUACACCAACCUCCACUUCCAGGCUCACGCCAUGGGGCUGGGCCACAAGUUCAAGGAGGUCAAGAAAGCCUACGCUGAGGCCAACAAGCUCCUCGGGGACCUCAUCAAGGUGACGCCGUCGUCCAAGGUGGUGGGGGACCUGGCGCAGUUCCUGGUGCAGAACGGGCUGUCGCGUGCCGAGGCGGAGGCACGGGCGGAUGAGCUCUCCUUCCCCCGCUCCGUUGUCGAGUUCCUGCAGGGCCACAUUGGGGCCCCCCCCGGCGGCUUCCCCGAGCCCUUCCGCUCUCGGGUGCUGAAGGAGCUGCCGCGAGUUGAGGGGCGCCCGGGGGCAUCGCUGCCCCCCCUGGACUUCGAGGCGCUGAGCCGGGAGCUCCGAGAGCGCGACGGGGCCACCCCCAGCCCCGAGGAGCUGCUCUCGGCCGCACUUUACCCCAAGGUCUAUGAGGAAUUCCAGAACUUCCGCGCCUCCUUCGGGCCCGUCUCCUGCCUCGGCACUCGCCUCUUCCUUGAGGGACCCGCCAUCGCCGAGGAGUUCGAGGUGGAGCUGGAGCGUGGGAAGACGCUGCACAUCAAGGCGCUGGCGCUGGGUGACCUGAACGCGGCCGGGCAGCGCGAGGUCUUCUUCGAGCUCAACGGGCAGCUGCGCUCCAUCCUGGUCAGGGACAGCCAGGCCCUCAAGGAGAUGCACAUCCACCCCAAGGCCCAACGCGAUGUGCGGGGGCAGGUGGGGGCUCCGAUGCCGGGUGAGGUCGUGGAGUUGCGGGUGGAGGUUGGAGCUAAGGUGACCAAAGGCUCCCCCAUCUGCGUCCUGAGCGCCAUGAAGAUGGAGACGGUGGUGACAGCCCCCAUGUCCGGGACCAUCACCCGCCUCCACGUCCGCCCUGGCCUCAGCCUCGAGGGCGAUGACCUCAUCGCGGAGAUCGAGUAGGGGGACCGCCCCCAGACCCCAAAAUCCCCCCCUUUCACCCCAAAAUUCCACCCCAAAAGGACACCCCCCUGCUAAGAAACGGGACGCUGGCCCUUUAAGAGCCCCCCACCCCAAAACUGACCCCCACCUCACCCAUGACAGCCCCACCCAUGGGACCCCCAGACUCCCCCCUGGACCCCAAAAUCCCCUUCUUCCACCCCAAAAAUCCACCCCAAAAGGACAUCCCCCCUCAAGAAAUGGGUCACUGG